UUGCAAUCCUUGAAACUCCAUUCUCAAUCAUCUAUGAAGUAAACGAGAUGGCACAAGUAAGAAGAUAUCGCUUGAACAUCACAUUUUCUGCGCCGGUCAAAUGGAUAGGCACGAGACUAUGGGAUUUACAAACGCCUCGUAACCGCUGCUACAUCAUGAUUACGCUCCUUCUAGCAGCCAUUAUACAGCUGUCGGUAAUCCUAGCGGGUUGUUCAUCUCCCUCACUCAAAGAUAUAUACCUUCUAUCAUUAAUAUACACCAAGACUUCUUCUCCUAAUCCCGUGGUUGCUAAUGCCAGCGAAACUACUUUGGUGGAAGUCCGCGCUAGCUACUUCAAUCUCUGUAUUAGAGAAGUAUCGGAUGAAUGGCUAUGUAGUAGUAGUGUUUCCGCUCUGGCCCGACAGCUGAGCAGUAUUGAUGACCCUGAGGAUCUCUUCGGGCUUGGUGCGAAAUUUAUGAAGAGAGAUAUCUCCUGUGGGCCGAUGAUGGCUGUUAUAUUUCUCAACGCCAUUGUGGCAGCCUUUCUUGGUCUUCUAGCUUGCCUUAGCAAUUCAAAGACCGCCGAUGAUGAAGAUGAUAACUCCUCCAUCUUAGCGCUUGGGCGAAACUCCCUUCUUUUAAUCUUCGCCCUCGCAGCAGCGUCUUCCCUACUCCUCACUCUAGCUGCUAUGGUGUGGCAGCAAGUAGCAACAGGAUCAGUAGUGAGUGUGCUCCAGAAUGCUCCCUAUAAAAAUGUGCUGUUCAGGACCGGGAAAGUUGUUAUGAUAUUAGGAUGGUGUGCUGUUGCUUGGAUCGUAAUCGUGGUAUUAGGAAUAAUAGUGAGGAGUUUUGCUGUUCUGCCAUUAUCUAGACUCGUGGACAAAAGCUCAGAGUCUGGCUCAGAGUCUGGCUCAGGAAGCCUGAUCGAUGAUUGAUUGAGGCGCUUACCAUUUAUGAAAGCCAAGAUGACAGGGAAGAGGGCGAUUGGCCUAGCUUUGUUAGCAUUAUAUGUUCCUUAGCUCGGCACGCAACUUGGGUAAAUUUUUAAAUGGGUCCUCCUGAUUCUAUAUUUAAAUGAAUUCUU